UCAUCACGUGACGUCAGCGGGAGCACACGCCUCAAACAUGGCGGCGCCCGUGAUGAGCGUGCGAUAGUUGUUGCAUAGAGUGUCAAAGAUCAGUCACCUGCUUAAUGCUGCAGUCCUCACGUACAGUAUGGACAGACGAGACUUCACAGCCUCCCUUGUGGCAGGCGGCUGUGCGGGAAUGUGUGUAGAUCUCACUCUCUUCCCUCUGGACACCAUAAAGACUAGGUUACAGAGCCAGCAGGGCUUUUACAAGGCAGGAGGGUUCCGAGGGAUCUAUGCAGGGGUCCCGUCAGCAGCUAUAGGCUCCUUUCCCAAUGCUGCAGUGUUUUUCGUCACCUAUGAAAGCACAAAGUCGUUCUUUACCGGCUACAGUGCUACAAACUUGGCCCCCGUCACUCACAUGCUGGCCGCUUCACUUGGAGAAAUCGUGGCCUGUCUGAUCCGUGUGCCGACUGAAGUAGUAAAGCAGAGGACACAGGCCAAUCCCUCUCUCAGUACCUACCGAGUGCUGCUGAACACACUACAAGAAGAGGGUUUCGGAGGCUUGUACAGAGGUUAUGGCAGUACAGUACUUAGGGAGAUCCCAUUCUCGCUGGUGCAGUUUCCACUCUGGGAGUACCUAAAGGCCAUUUGGUGGAGGAGGCAGGGGGGACGGCUGGACUCUUGGCAGGCAGCAGUGUGCGGAGCUCUUGCAGGUGGAGUAGCAGCAUUCGUCACGACUCCGCUAGAUGUUGCGAAGACUUGGAUAAUGUUGGCUAAGGCUGGGACGAGCACAGCCAGUGGAAACAUCCCAACGGUUUUGUAUGAGGUGUGGAGGAGCCGAGGAAUACCCGGGCUGUUCGCCGGCAGCAUCCCCAGAGUGACGUUCAUCAGCAUGGGAGGCUUCAUUUUCCUCGGAGCAUAUGAGAAAGUGCGGCGUACGCUUUUAUAAACACCAUCGUCAUGGACAGUAUGGGCCAGUUUGUGCUGGACCAGUUUCUUCAACCUGAACUCUGACUGUACAGCCAAAACUGCAAAACCACGGCGAGGACACCUGGUGCCUGGAUAAAAAGAUCACAUAACAUAGUGGUUUGCAUUCCUGAUAAUCAGUGCACAACAGAUUGAGUUUAACUGCCUGAAUUCAACUUAUGUUACACCACAGAUCGAGUUCAAACUCCGAUAUCAUUUUUGCAGGCCUACAUGAAUCUAUUAAAAAAGUAUUUUUACAAAAA